AGUGGACGCAGGCUCCCUCUGCACUACAGAGGGACCUUGGUGUCAGAUAACAGAGGGUUGAUAUUGGGUUAAACACAUGAGAAUGAACCAGUUCCAUUACAGAUUCAUAAGACCAGAUUCUAGAGAUCCCUCUUCAUUCUCUGAGGCCUGACUUCGCAAACGGAAUUAUUAAUCCUUGUCUAUCAUGUAAGAAUGAGUGGAUUAGAUUGGUGUGUUCAAAAUGUGGGAUUACUGUGUGAGCCAUAUUGGAUAAUACCCCACUGGAAAAUAUCCUGGUCAGUUUGGAUAUUACGAUGCCGGAGAACGGGUGAGUUUUGGAUAUUAGUCGUUCCCCGAAAUGUCGGAUAUUACUCCUUGGAUCGCGCGCUUUGGAAGUAUAUGCCAAUAAUGGAUUAAUUGCAAGAUUUUUAAUGGGAAAGUAGUUUCCAAGGUAUCUAAAGUCUUUUAUUCCCUUUUCAUUUGCCUUGCACGAUUCUCCCAUCACUCAUUUGGUCAUUGUGCUAACUGUUUGUCAUGGUCUGCCGUGGAUGUGUAUCACUACCGUGGAUUAAGACGAAGCCAGAAAAACGCAAGACUCAUAAAGGUCGCUGGAUUUAGGACAGGAUGUAAGUGAGGGUCCAUGUGGAGUAAGUGUUUGAUGUCAGGGCUCCAUCAUUUCCAUUCGUUUUCACCACACAUCAUUCUUAGAGAGGGACAUAAACAUGAAUCACGCAGAGCUGGAACCAGUGGAUGUUUAACCGAAGCUUUGAAGACCAGAAGACCACAUGGCUGGAAUGAGGAAGAUUCCUACCACGUAAAAGUUGGAUGUAAACUCAUGUUGGAUGUAAAGGUGUAGAUUUGCUGGAUUACCUGAUCUAAUGUGGAUGUACACGCUCGGAUGGGCGGAUGAACUUUAGAUAUCAUGGAAGCUUCUUCCUUUCAGGAAUUUCCAGAAGUCUUCCUGAAUGUGUUCUCUGAGGAACUAAUACAUGGAAUACAGACUGGAAUUACAGACUUGUUUUUUUGCCAACUUAAUACACCGAAGCUGAAUUUCUUUCCCCCUGCCCCAUUGAGUGUACAGCCUUGAGAUUGGUGUUUGGAUUAUUCCUCACGCUACCACUGGAAAACUGCAUUUUAGAGAAUAUCCUGAGUCAGGAAUAUAUAUUUUUUAGCAGAUCUUGAGUACAUUACAAACAGUCGAAGGAUCGCCUCUGCCGACGCAGCCCUAUUUCACCUGACGGAUGAAGAUUUUUUUUUUAUUUUUUGCACAAUGGGAAUCAGGACUUUAUCCGCCGUUUUUCCAAGCACCGCAUUUCGGCGUCAGUGUUUUUGGCUCACACAAAAUUCCUCCUAUAUUGUAUUGGGAAUAUGUAGGGUCAGUUACUGCUCUCAAAAGCAGCUCUGACAGUCGGGAUCGUGCAUAUGAACACAGUCCGUACGGACAUCAUGAACGCAGCGGCACUUUUGACAGGCCGCGGCAUUACAACACAGACUAUUAUCGGGACCGCUCUGUGUUUACCUCUGGGGUCAGCUCGAGCCCGGCGGCUAGCACUAUUAGCGGUGGCUUUGACACUCCAGAGUCUCACUUUGAGUCUCGAAUUCGUGAUCCUUUCAACCUGCCCAGUUCUACUCGCCGUGACCCUUACAGGGACGACCGGGGUCGGCGUACAGAUCGGACGUACCACCAUCGGAGGAGUCGGUCCUCGCAUUCUUCCCAGUCACGACACCCGUCACCUCAGAGGAGUACAGGACAGACCCCUAAAGCCCCUCACUCCCCUAAUAGAGCCCCUGUUUCCCCCGGACGAGGCCCGCGGUCACGAUCACGCAGCCCGUCUUCAAGCUCUGAUUCAGUCAGCAGCACCAGCAGCACUGGAAGUGGCAGCAGUGAUUCAAACAGCAGCUCCAGUGAAGGGUCUCGAGCACGCUCUCUUCAGUCUUCAGCGACACAUGCUCCUCCGGCACCUCCCAUGCUCACUCUGGACUCUGAUGAGCCACGAAGGAGCUUUGGGAUCAGAGUCCAGAACCUCCCAACACGAUCCACAGAUACAAGCUUGAAAGAUGGGCUUUUUCAUGAGUUUAAGAAGUAUGGUAAAGUGACAUCAGUGCAGAUCCAUGGUGCUUUGGAAGAGCGUUACGGCUUAGUGUUCUUCAGACAACAGGAGGACCAGGAAAAAGCUCUCAGUGUGUCCAAGGGAAAGCUCUUCUUUGGCAUGCUGAUUGAGGUGACUGCCUGGAACGGCCCUGAGACGGAAAGUGAGAAUGAGUUUCGGCCCCUGGACGGACGUAUUGAUGAGUUUCAUCCAAAGGCCACCCGUACGUUGUUUAUAGGAAAUCUGGAGAAGACGACUAAUUAUCAGCAGUUGCUUGAUGUCUUCCAGCGGUUUGGAGAGAUAGUGGAUAUUGACAUCAAGAGGGUUAAUGGCAUUCCCCAGUAUGCAUUUGUUCAGUACUCUGAUAUUGCAAGUGUUUGUAAAGCCAUUAAGAAAAUGGAUGGAGAGUAUCUUGGUGCCAACAGACUUAAGCUUGGUUUUGGGAAGAGCAUGCCUACCGCGUGUGUGUGGUUAGAUGGUCUGACCUCAAAUAUCACAGAACAGUACCUCACACGACACUUCUGUCGCUACGGACCCGUCAUCAAGGUUGUAUUUGAUAGGUUAAAGGGAAUGGCUCUAAUUCUAUACAACAACACUGAUUUUGCCCAAGCGGCUGUUAGGGAAACCAAAGGAUGGAAGAUCGGAGGAAACAAAAUUAAGGUUGAUUUUGCCAGUCAAGAGAGUCAAAUGGCUUUCUACCGUUCUAUGCAGGCAUCAGGGCAGGACAUCCGUGACUUCUAUGAUAUUCCAUCAGAUAGGAGAGAUGAGCGGAGACCACCAUAUCAUGAAUUUUCAACAGAAAGAGCAUAUUAUGAGAAUGUAAGGACUCCUGGCAAUUACGCUGAAGACCCCCGUCGAGACUACCCUGGUCGCAGCCGAGAUCGCUAUGCAGAAUUGGACCAUUACCAAGGGGAACACUAUGAUCCCCGUUAUCACGAGGACCCACGUGAAUACAGAGAUUAUCGAGACCCUUUUGAGGAUAUCAGGAAGUACAGCUAUAUCCAGCGGGAACGUGAGCGGGAGCGUGAACGCUUUGAGGCGGAUCGCAGCAGAUGGAGCCCAUCUCAUCAGCGCCGCCCCUUAACUCCCUCUGCUUCACCCUCAGCAUCUGAUCGUGUAUCACGUGAAUCUGAAAGAUGUGUGUACAAACACUCUUCUGAGAGAUCCGGAAGCUGCAGCUCUUUAUCUCCACCCCCACCUCAUUUUGAGAAGUCAGAAAAAUCGCCAAUCGAUUACAAAGCGGAAGGGCUGGAGCCAGAAGUAGAGCAGACUGAGGCAGAGCGUGUAAGUGGGGCAGAGAACAAAAAGCGUAGCAGACGCAAAGACAAGGCUGACAGGGAGAAGGGAGAGAAAGCCAAGCAGAGAAGAGGUAAAGUUCAAUCACCGAGUAUACCUAAUUCUGAAGCAGAUAGAGAGGCUAGUCUGGAAUUAGGUUCUGGAAAGACAAAAGUUUUGGAUGUGGAAUCCCAAGAAAGACAAAAGCAUAAAGUGGACAAUGAUCCCUCCCCUGCUGACCAUGUGACUCGCCUGGAGUCGCAAAAGGGAGAGCGACUUGAUCAGGGUAAAAGUGAGUCAUUGGACAGGGAUGGCAAAGGAAAAACAAGAAAACACUUAAAAUCUGAUUCUGGUAGUGAUGGUAAAGAUUCCCUUUUGGAUUCUGACAGACUUGCAGCAAGAAAGAGACGGUUUGGUGAUCCCAGUGGGAAAACUAUACGACAGAAAAGAGGGCGUUUAGAGGAUGAUCCAGGUUCUGGGAUUAGCCAUCCGGCUGACUUUGGUGCAAACACAGGAUUUGUAAAAGAGACAGAUUUUGAUUUAAAAACAGAAAAAGAGGCUCAAAAGAGAGAACAUUCCAAAUCGAGGAUGAGUUCUCAUUACAGUGAAAGGGAAGAGUUCGAAAUCAGUAUGAGGGGGACAUCUCUGGGCCCAUCAGUGCGAACAGGUGAAUUCUCUGAGGUUGAUGCUUUAGACUCAAAAUCUCACCCUGGGCCUCGUAUAUCAAGACGAUAUUCAAACGAUGGAGCCUCUGAUAAGGACAAAAAAGUAAGGGAUGAGUAUCUAGAUAAUAUUGAUCUUUCCCAGAGCUAUCGCAAACAAAUGGAGCAAAAUCGAAGGCUACGCCAACAGCUUCAUGAGUCUGAUAAACCAGGAAAACCAGAAACUCCUCAGGGUUUAGAUGCAGAAGAUCUUGAGCAUCGUAGCCUGGUGCAUGAGGUAGGCAAGCCUCCACAGGAUGUCACUGAUAGUUCUCCUCCAAGUAAAAGCAAGAAACAAGAGUCAUUUGACAUGGAUAUUAGCUCUAAGAGAGAACGGAUUUACCGAACAUCCAGGCAAAAAAGUGAAGAGACUGAGUGGAAUAACACAAACUCUCCAAGAUUUCAGCAUGACCCUCAACAAAGAGAGGAAGAAUAUAUGGACACUCAUGGUCAAAUGACUGUUAAAGAAGUAAAAGAACCAUCUAGACCUGAGGAUAAUGUUCUGCCAGAUCUGGAUCUUGCUGGUAAACAGAUGUAUACAUCACAGAUGUCGAAGAUAAAUACAUCUAUACAAGAUGAGCAGCAAAGAUGCUGGGAUAGUCGACUAAAGCAAGACUUGUUGCCAGACUUUCCAAGAAGCUCUGAGAAAAGGCGUCUCAAUCAGAAAUACUUGGAUUAUGGACUUUGGCCUGACUUGGAGCCUGGUGAAGUGCGUUCAGACUCUGAAGAGGAUCGUGAAAAUAAACCCAUCUCUCCUAUGCCCUCAACAUCAGUAUCUUUCUCAGAAAGACAUCACACAGACAGAUUGUCAGAGACUAAGUUAACAACCUCUCUGGAGAGAAACAAAUUCCGUUCUUUUGCAGAUGAUCAGAUCACACCAGAUACUAAAGCUUUGUUAGAGCGUGCAAAGUCUUUGUCGUCCUCAAGGGAAGACAAUUGGUCUUUCCUUGACUAUGAUUCACAUUUUGCCAGUUUCAGAAGUAGACAGGACACAGAAAAGGUGGAGUCAACACCACGACCAACACCCUCAUGGUACCUGAAGAAGAAGAAAAUUCGAAGCGAGUCCGAGGACAAAACGGAUGACAGGAAAGAAGAUCCAAAGCCAGAAGAACAGGAGCGACGAGAGUUGUUUGCAUCACGCUUUCUCCACAGUUCUAUUUUUGAGCAAGAUUCAAGACGUCUCCAACAUCUGGAAAAAAAGCACGAGGACCCUGAACAGGGUGUUGGAUAUCUGUAUUCUCAGCAAGGUCCAGCUGAGGGGCAGCCUGACCCAGAACCAGUUGUGCUUUUCCAUAACCUUUUUGUAGAGCUGACAAGGUUACAGCAGCAGAAGACUAAAGAACAAUGCCUUCAAGAUACCAAACAAGAAGAAAGCACAGAUGGGACCAGAUUAGGUAAAAUACCUGAGGAAGAACAAGCACCAGAGCAACAGAAUGCAACAGAACCCAGCAUCCAUCAAACUGAGAUCACAUCAAUUAGCCUUGUUCAAGCCCCUCAAAUAUUAUCACCUGUUUUGAUGGCCAAAGAAUCCUUGCCAUCUGUGGAAAUGGAAUGUGUUGAUGCUUCCUCCCAUAAUUUGCUUGAGCAUUCCAUAAAAGAGGAAGAAAAAGAGCCUGAACAACCCUUAGCUCAGCCUUCACAGCCUUUGUUUGAGCAACCCUCAGAGUCUAAUUCUUCAGAAUGCCCAAAUCCAAAGACCCCGGUUGAUGACAUGACAGUGUCAUUAAAGACUAAUGAAUUUGAAAGUGCUCAUGAUACCAAUAAAGUAGUUAUAAAACAGCUCUCAAGCAGUGACACAUCAAUAAGUAACACACAACCAGAGACUGAGCCUCAAAUUAAGUUUCCUGAAUUACAGUAUUCCCUCUCUCAUAGCUCUACUGAGGAACCUGAAAAGGAACUAGAAAAAGUACCUGAGCCAACCAUUGCAGAGGUGGAAUCUAUCAAUACAGUUGAUCAGAAGAGUGGUGAUAAUUAUGCAGUUGAAGAAGCUGUUUCACCCGCUCCAAAAUCAAGAUAUAAAAAGGCCAAGACUUCACUUCCCACACCGGUAACAGCUACGUCUAUGCCUGCUACCCCCGACAAACAGAGCACCCGCAAAAGUGAGCGCAUUGAUAAGGAAAAGCUGAAGCGCUCAUCAUCUCCAAGGGGAGAGGCAUCCAAGGCACUAUUUGAUUCUAAGGCAGUUAGUAAGUCUCCAGUGCACAGCUUGGAUAUGGAGCAAGAGCAAAAUACAGUGCCGGUUAGGGCAAGGCGCAGGAAUGUGCGUUCUGUCUAUGCUACCCCAAUUGAAGAUGAAUCUGCUCCACAACCUGUGAAAGAUGCGGAAUCGCCUCGUAUUGCGCGGAAGCGUGGUGGAGACAAAGAUGUGGGCUCUGAUGUAGAGACCCUAAGUACACCAACAAACUCAAGACGUGGACGCCCCCCCAAGAAUCGGCGCCAAGCAGAGGAUGUACCAGCAGGAAGAGGUGAACGUUCAAAGUCAACUGAGACCAGAGAGUCAGAUGGCAAUGAGAUAAGCAAUGAGGGGGUUUCCAAAGUGGGUAAGGGCAAACUUUCACCUCAGUCACAAAAAGGAUUAAGUCCAGUGCAUGUGUCGUUAGCACCUGGACUUGGAAAAAAAGACAAAAUGGAGAAAAUGUCAGAAAGUUCUAAACUCAUAACUGAAGAAAACCCUCUUGUUCUUAAAAACCUUAGAAUUCGCCUUGAUGUGACAGAGGUAAAAGCAAUGCUUCAAACAAGUGAAGAUGAAACUGUAAAUGAUGAUUUUUCCAAAAAAAGUCCACCUGAUGCGUCUUCAAAGGACCAGUUAUUAGAAGCUAAAUUUGAAAAUGAUGUUAUUAAUGAGGAUGUUAAUAGUGAAAGGGAGGCUUUGCCCACCGCUCCACAGGAUACCUCGCUGUCUCGAGAGCUGGAGCUUGAGCAAGCUGUUGAGAAUAUUGCUAAGCUGACAGAAGAUUCUUCUCCUCAAUUUAAAAGUAACCUGACUAAGACACAACGUCCAUUAACCGAACUUGCUGAGGAACCAGAGCGUGACUCAGAAGAAGAAAAGCCCACCAAUCCAUCCAGCGAAACUGAGCUUGCUGCUGCCAUUGAUUCCAUUACAUCAGAAGAAACAUCUUGUGGGCUUCCACAAGUCAUUAGCUCCGUUUUAGAUUCAGAAGUGUCAGAAACCUCCGUCAACACCGCUGUUGUUCAGGAAGCAACCACAACCACUCCCAAAAAGGGGAGUAAAGGUAGAGCUAAAGCCUCGAAGAGGGCUAAAAGCCAAAAGGGUGCUGGAAGCAAAAAGCCCAUCAAAGAUAUAGUGUUGGAUACUGAGAGCAUCCCUGUGAAGUCGCCAGAAUCCACACCUGCAGAACUUCCUUCUGUCACAGAAAGAUCACCAACAAGUACCACUGUUGUCAUUACUUCCUCGUCCAAGCAGGGUGUAAAUGUAACGGCUCCUAAUUCAGACAUUCUAAAUGAACCUGACCUGCCUCUUAAAACAGAGCCUGAUAUACCAAAGUCCUCUCCAACUAUCAACAGAAGUCCAACGACAUCCAAAUAUCAGCCUUAUUCAUAUGAGAGCACAUCUCCCUCAUCUCCAACAAGAAUUUGUCUUAAGAAUUUGUCCUCAUACCCAAGCAAACUUUCUGUUUCCCCAGCUGACCGUUUCAAUCAGCCAAAAGAAGCAGGGGUCCUCUCCCCUCCAGUGACCUCAGUAGCCCCUGUGGAGAGUCCAACAUAUCCCUCGGACACCACUGCUCAUGAUGCGAACUUGGGUGAUUUGCGUAAAAUCCUCACAAAGCCUAGAACUGUCCCAUUGUUGGAACUGAGUGCUAAAUCUGGUAUUGUGCAUGCUCAUACUGUAAGGGAAAGUGAGAUUUCACCGGAUGUGGUGACCAGCAAGACUGCUCCUCAAGAUAACAGGCAAUCCUCCAUUACAUCUCAGCCUGUAGUUAGACAUCCUGCUUCAAUACCAUCCCCAGAAACAAAGCAGAUUUUCAGUGAGAAGUCUGUGAUUUCAGUUAUUUCUUCCACUCCUACCUCUGUCAUCAGUCGAGUAAGCAAUCCCCCUGAAUCUGAAGAGAAGCAAAAUGCUUUAAUUGGAAAUCCCUUUUUGGACAAGCAACCUCCAAAACAGAUUUACCAGCCAAUCUUGGAGGAGAGCAGCACUUACCAUUGUCCAGCUGUUGGAGAUGAAGGUGGAAAUGCUGGCCGCUAUAUUGUGGAUAGUACAUCUCUGAGUACAGGCUCCAGUACAGGACUAAGAGUUCAGACAUCAGAAGGAGUGGUGGUGUUGAGUCAUUCUGGCCAGAAAAUGGAGGGGAAGCAGCGUAUUAGUGCCAAAAUCAGCCAGAUCCCUCCAGCUAGUGCUGUGGACAUAGAGUCACAGCAACUGGUGUCCAUGCCCCCGAUCAAGCAGGAACUUUACAGUGCCUCCCAGCCACCUACUUCAAAAUGCCCACUUCCUUCAGAUCAUGGGCAUUCCAUAAAACCACAACCAAAUGUCUCCACAAUUAAACAAGAGACUGCUCUGGACAAAUUAGAAUCCCCCUACACUCCAAUUCAAAGUGGGGUUGUCAAAAGAUUGCAACAAACACCUGGCCCAUCACAGGUCAUGGGUUACCAUCACACAGAAUACCCAAUGGUGAUGAAACACCCCAAGAAAGGAGAUGGGCCGGAAUCCUUGGGUGUGGAUAGUGUUAAACCUGCUUGGGUCUCAACUAUUAGUCCUGCUAUAAGUCCACAUCUUCCCUCAGCAGCAGGUAAUCAUGUUGGGUUCAUGGCAGGCACACCCACAGACAGAGCUCCAUCACUCAUUCAACCUAAACAGGAGCCACAAUCUCCACGGAAGUCUGGACACCCUCAUUCUCCCUUUGCCAAAGUAUCAUCUCCAAUUGGCUCUUCAUCUCCAAAAGGCGUGUCUAUGGUGCUUCCGCCUGGAUUACCCUCUUUGUCCCAGUAUGUUUCCACCGUUCAUCACUCUGAGCAGUCUGUGAUCAUGCCUCCUCACAAUGCUCAUGUCAGCAUCGGAAGAAUGUCACCACACCGCGUCGGCCCGAUAGGACACCUUGCACAGGGUGAGGUAAGAGUGAACACACCUCCUCUCUCUAUGAUGAACUAUGGGAUUCACUCUGAGGGCCUCACUUCCUCUUGGCCUCCUGGCCAGCAGCGUCCCACAUCUCCUCAGGCUGUGGGGAACAGGGAAAUGGUCCUUAAAGUUAACCCAGCCAAUGCAAGGGGCCAUGAAGGAGGGGAGGAGGAUGCGAGACGUUUCCACGCAGUACUCGGAAGACCACCUGCUACUCAACUGAAACCAGAAUCCACACCAGCAGAAUACCGUGGAGCUCUGCACAGUGGUUUACCUCUCGAACGAUUCAACAUAUCAAGAGACAUGCGAGUACUCAUGCACCACCAGCAGAGUGAUCGUCCACAGGCAGAAUUACACCAGGGACACAUCCCUGAAAGCAUAGCACCUUCAACCCCUACCAGCAUGUCAGCAUCUCUCUCUCCUCGGCCACACCUGUUAGUAAAAGGAGUAUCUGAGAAGGAUCCUGUUAAAACAGAGUUGAAGAGAGCACCAUCACCCUCUAGUAAGGAAGGAAUGAUGGCAAUUCGUAGUGCAAUGCAUCCCAUGGCUUCUCCUCAGAGAGUCCAGCUGAUGCCAGCAGGAGCUGGAGCGUCCUUCCCUGAAUAUCCAGCCAUGUACACAAACCUACGGCCUGCCCACACUCAGUUUGCUGACAGUUCUCCAUUGGGGAUGAACCAGUCCCCCCACAGCAUCCCACCAUCACAGGGUGUUCAAGAAAUGGAGACGAACCAGGCACAGGCUGAAGCUAAAGUGGAGCCGGUCGGACAGAAGCCUGUGAAUAUGGUGCAGCUUCUGACUAAAUACCCAAUUGUGUGGCAAGGCCUGCUGGCACUGAAGAAUGACACUGCAGCAGUUCAGUUGCACUUUCUAUGUGGAAACAAAGCUCUUGGGCUGCGCUCUUUGCCGCUCCCAGAGAGUGGAGGGAUGCUCCGCAUUGUACAGAGGAUGAGGCUAGAGGCCCAGCAGUUAGAGGGAGUCGCUCGCAGAAUGACGGGGGAGAGUGAUUUCUGCUUGCUGUUGGCCAUGCCGUGCGGUCUGGACCAGGAAGAUGUGCUGAACCAGACUCAGGCACUCAAAUCUGCCUUCAUUAAUUACUUGCAGGCCAAACUGGCUGCUGGCAUCAUCAAUGUGCCCAAUCCUGGCUCCAAUCAGCCUGCCUACGUGUUGCAGAUAUUUCCGCCAUGCGAGUUCUCAGAGAGUCACCUCUCUCGUCUUGCUCCAGACCUUCUCAGCCAGAUCUCCAGUAUCUCUCCACACCUUAUGAUUGUCAUCACUUCUGUGUGAUUCACCCGAGCUGCCCUGAACGCUCGGAUGACUCCUUUCAGCCUCGAGGACCACAGCUGACUCGGAUCUGUGAGAUCUGAAGUCUGUGAAAGAUCCUUCCACGUCCCAGACUUGUCAACAGAUUUUUUUCUUAUGUCUCUGAUCCGCGGAUGGCUUCCUCUGUCUGCGUUUCUGUACAGUCUGAAUCAUCAUGUGUCUGCAGUGUUUGUAUUUAUUGAUCAGUUUCACUUUCGUUCAUGGAAAAAAUCAAGAUGUCUUGAUGGACAAGUGACACACCUGAACUGACAUUUUCUUCAUUUGGUGAUUUGAGUCUAUUUUUUCAAAGAAUCAUAAAGUUAUUGUAACAAACUAAUACGUGUUUUUAAUUAAUCAUGGUGUCCGUGUCGAGGAUGGAACGGUGGGAGGUUUCCGCGAUCACCCACAUGCUUCAUGUACCCGCCGUCUCGGCAUCAAGCGUGCAGGAUUUAUGGAGUUCCUGGAUUGCCGGACUGUUAAUAUUUUAAAUAUUUAAAACCUUGGCAAGAUGACCUAAGCCCAAAAGAGUCGCCUUUUAUGUUCAUCUUUAUCUGGAAGAGAAAGACGAUUGAAAUAAUGGUAACAGAAAGUAACAUUUGUGAUGUAAAUACUUGUGAGACUUUAGGGCUGGCAGCUCUUUGGUGGGUUUGUUGCGGGCACUUAAUUUUCUUACUCAAAUAAAAAAGGUCCAUAAAACUUGA